ACCCUUAUCUUCUAGCCCUGAGUCAACAGGUAGGCUCCAGAGGAGCUGGGCCCUGACUUUUACCUCAGUCCUGAGGCCACUGAAGUUAAGAAAUUUACAUCGAGCUUGUCCAGGUGUGUGUCAGGGACAGCACUGAGGAUCUGUUGCCCCAGGGGAAGGGCCCCUCUCUCCGUGGGCCAACUCGGGUCUUUGUGUCUAUGGGGACUAGAUGCGUCCCUGAAGGCUCACUGACAACUUCCUGGCCUCAGGAUCAUGAAUGCAGAGAAAUCUGAGUUCAAUGAAGAUCAAGCUGCCUGUGGGAAGCUGUGCCUCCGAAGAUGUGAGUUUGGGACUGAAGAAGAGUGGCUGACCCUGUGGCCUGAGGAGUUCCUGAUGGGUCAUUACUGGGCAUUGUUCGACGGGCAUGGUGGUCCUGCGGCAGCCAUCUUGGCUGCUAACACCCUGCACUCCUGCCUGCGCCGGCAGCUAGAGGCUGUGGUAGAGGGCCUAGUGACCACUCAGCCCCCUAUGCACCUCAGUGGCCGCUGCGUCUGCCCCAGUGACCCCCAGUUUGUGGAGGAAAAGGGCAUCAGAGCAGACGACUUGGUGAUUGGGGCUCUGGAGAGUGCCUUCCAGGAAUGUGAUGAGCUGAUCGGGCGGGAACUGGAGGCCUCAGGCCAGGUGGGCGGCUGCACAGCCCUGGUGGCUGUGUUCCUGCAGGGAAAGCUGUAUGUGGCCAAUGCGGGGGAUAGCAGGGCCAUCUUGGUACGGAGAGAUGAGGUGCGGCCACUGAGCUCCGAGUUCACCCCAGAGACUGAGCGGCAGCGGAUCCAGCAGCUGGCUUUUGUCUACCCUGAGCUUCUAGCUGGUGAGUUCACCCGACUGGAGUUCCCUCGGCGGCUGAAGGGGGAUGACUUGGGGCAGAAGGUUUUGUUCAGGGAUCACCACAUGAGCGGCUGGAGCUACAAACAUGUGGAGAAAUCGGAUCUCAAGUACCCACUGAUCCAUGGACAGGGAAGGCAGGCUCGGUUAUUGGGAACACUGGCCGUCUCUCGGGGCCUGGGAGACCAUCAACUCAGAGUCCUGGACACAAACAUCCAGCUCAAGCCCUUCUUGCUCUCUGUUCCACAGGUGACUGUGCUGGAUAUGGACCAGCUGAAGCUGCAGGAAGAGGAUGUGGUUGUCAUGGCGACAGAUGGACUCUGGGAUGUCCUAUCCAAUGAGCAGGUGGCACGGCUGGUACGGAGCUUCCUCCCUGGGAACCGAGAGGAUCCACACAGGUUCUCGGAGCUGGCCCAGAUGCUGAUACACAGCACACAGGGGAAGGAUGGUCCCACAGGGGAAGGGCAGGUGUCCUACGAUGACGUCUCUGUGUUCGUGAUUCCUUUGCACGGUCGGGGCCAAGAGAGCAGUGGCCGCUGAGGAUUCAGACACUGCAUCCAAGAACUAUUCCAGUGCCAGGUGUGGUCUGGGCAUCCCUCCACUGUGGCCAAGAGCAAGUCCUGCCUGCCCUGUCCCCAGCCACAGCCCAGUGCCCUGACCAUUCACCUCAACUCACAACUCUGUGAAGAUGAACUAAAUUUUACACCAGGCAGUCAGAGGUGGAAGGAUGUGGAGAGCCCAUCUCACCAAGUCCAGCCUUCUGCGGUGGUAACAUCUCUCUGGACUUUACAACUUGGGAAACCCAUGCGUGGCUCCUCAGACAGGGUCUCCAACAGCCUAAAGAAUUAUUCCCAGAAACACCCAGGCUGGUGCCGGGUGCAGUGGCUCAUGCCUGUAAUCCCAGCACUUUGGGAGGU